AUUUACAAGCAUCAUUUAAAAAAAAAAACAUUUGAUUGCCAUAGUCUACUUAACUUGGGUUAUUCAUUCAUUAUCAUUUCACAUAUUGCAACAACUAGUUUUUGUGAAGUAAACAUUAGCCAUACUUUUGUUUUUCUAAUUUUGUCCCCAGCUCAGAGCUUGAACUGUUCUGAACCCACCAAUCUAGCCCUGCUGGAAGCACUGACACCAGUCUUUGAUUUACGCUUCAUACGACCUGUCAACAACUUCAAUAAUUACACAGAAGUCUAUGUAUCCUUUACCAUGUAUGGCAUUCUGGGAGUGGGAUGGAAGAAUGAGUUCAUCAGCUGGGAUCCAGAGCAGUGUGGCACCGACCAUAUUACGCUACCUAGACGCCGGUUUUGGAUACCAGAUAUGGUCAUGAAUGAAUUAGUAUCUAAAAACACAGCCCCAUUUGUGCCUUAUGUACAUGUCUAUUCUGAUGGCAUGAUCUACGACUACAGUCCUGUCAGAGUGGUUAGCACCUGCAGACUGAACAUCUACACCUUCCCCUUCGACGUCCAGAACUGCACUUUCACCUUUGUCUCCUACAGCCACAAAACCAACGAUAUCAUGGUUGAACUCAACAGACCGAUCGAAGAGAUUAUUAAGAAAACAUUGGCUGUGAUGACUACUAUUGGUCUGAGGCGCAAGUCCACUCUCUAUGUGGUCAACCUGCUCAUCCCCAGCUGCUCCUUGAUCACAGUGGACCUCUUCAGCUUCCUGUUACCCCCACAGAGUGUGGACCGCUCGGCCUUUAAGAUGACACUCAUCUUAGGCUACACCGUCUUCCUGCUGCUUAUGAAUGACUUGCUGCCGGUCACUGGCAACACCAUACCACUCAUAAAUGUUUUCUUCGCCCUCUGCCUGGCUCUGAUGGUUGCCAGCCUGUUGGAGACAAUCCUCAUCACCCACCUCUACUCAAGCUCCAGUCGCUUUGCUCCUGUCCCCCGCUGGGUGAGAGAAGUGGUCCUUCAAAAACUGGGAUGUUGUGUUGGUCUGCCUCCAAAGCCAACAAAAGACCAUUCAGAUAUGUCUCCCAAUGCUGUAAGGGAGGAGAUCAAAGCUGGUAAGACUCCUCCAAUGCCCCUGGAACUGGAAGACACAACCCCAGGCGAGUUGAGGAAGUUGGGGAGAGACCUCCGGGCGAUCCGGCUGCAGUUGGAACAGCAGCUGAGUGGGGACCAGAAGUCUGAAGAGUGGAUCCAGGUGGCUUCCAUCAUUGAUCGCUUCCUGUUUGGGCUCUACACGCUCUUCAUAUCAGUCAGUUCUAUAACUAUGAUCUGGAUCUGGGUUGAAUCAGACAGACGAUAGAAAAGUUUUUCAGAAUCAGUUUUUAAUUUAUACAAUUUAGUGAACAUCAUUUUCUUUGUAGACUGUCUUCAUCUAACCCUAAACAGUUUUUUUUAUUUUAAUACAUUUAGUUAGUGUGAUUAUUGAUGAUUUGAGGUCCA